AUAUCAUAUUCAUGUGUACGUUUCACCUCUCUUUCUCUGCCAACUAAAUUUACGCAAAGCUAAAAUUUGGGGAGUAGAGAGAUUAUACAGGGAGGAGACGGAACCUAAGAACGGGUACAAAGAAGGUUUGAUUUCACUCUCCCGCCUCCAUUCAUCAACCCCCGUUCUUCUAUUCGCCGUCGCCUUCGUCGUGUUCUUCUUCUACGACGAGGGUAGCUGUUAACUAUGUCUACUUUGAAUUUCCCUCCGGUGCUUCCUUCUCCCAGAGACGAUGCCAUUCUUCUCCACAAAGCUUUCAAAGGAUUCGGGACUGACACCUCGGCCGUUAUAGAUAUUCUGGCCCAUCGAGAUGCAGCACACCGUGCCUAUAUCCAACAUGAGUACCGAACGAUGUUCUCCGAGGACAUCUUCAAGCGCUUGUCAUCAGAGCUUAGUGGCAAGCUGGAGAAUGCAGUUCUUAUGUGGAUGCAAGAUGCCCCAGGAUGUGAUGCUGUGAUUGUCAGGCAGGGUUUGAUGUCUGAAACAACUAAUUUGGAUGCCGUAACUGAAGUGAUCUGUUCCCGUACGCCUUCACAGAUACAGUUGUUUAAACAGCACUACUAUGCAAGGUUUCGUGUUUACCUCGAGCAUGAUAUCGAAACUCAUACUUCUGGAGAUCAUAAAAGGUUGUUGCUUGCUUAUGCAAGCACUCCCCGGUACGAAGGCUGGGAAGUUGACAAAGAGGUGGCUGAGAAUGAUGCCAAGACACUAUACAAAGCAGGGGAGAAGAGGUUGGGAACUGAUGAGAAGACGUUCAUCAAUAUUUUCAGCUCGCGCAGCUCUGCACAUUUGGCUGCCGUUGAUGCUGCUUACCAGAACUUGUAUGGGCACGACUUGAAGAAGGCUGUGAAAAAGGAAACAUCAGGACAUUUCAAGCAAGGACUUUUGACCAUUCUGUUAUGCUCAGAGAAUCCUGCAAAGUACUUUGCAAAGGUGCUGCACAAGGCGAUGAAGGGUCUGGGCACCAAUGACACAGCACUGAUACGGGUAAUCGUGACGAGGACCGAGAUCGAUAUGCAAUACAUCAAGGCCGAGUACCUGAAGAAAUACAAGAAGAAACUUAAUGAUGCUGUUCAUUCUGAAACAUCAGGGAGUUACAGGAAGUUCUUGCUUGCCCUUCUGGGACCUGCCGAUUGAGGUAUUUGCUGGAACUAACAGUCAAGAGCCGGUGUUCGUGUGUUUGAACCAGAAACCUAUGGUGCACUACUACUUGUCAUGCAUGUGAGCAUGUCUGUGUUAUGUAAAUUAGGUGUUUAGGAGGUUUGGUAUGCUGUGGAUUGAUGAACUUCUUCAUGGGGUUGGUCUCUUCUGUGGUUUACUUCAUGCUUCCAGCAUUUUGUUGUAUAUAUGAGUGAUUGCCAUCUUCUUAUCAGCUUUAGAGUGUCGAGGUAGCUUCAGUUAUGACGAUUAUCGAUUCGCUUGAUUUCCAACAAAAUGUAAACGAAACCGUUUAAGGGGCCUUCACAUGGUCACAUCAAAGAGAAAUAUAGCGAACAAAAUCAUUCAUU